AUGUCACACCAGGGACAAAAUCAGAACCCAGAAGAGGUGAUUAAAGAUAUUAAGAGUAAGAUAGAGAUCGAGCAAAAGAUUAUUCAGGGGUACCAAGAUGUCAAGAGAAGUUCAUCAAAUGCCGAGGUCGUUCAGAAAUGUAAAUCCAAAAUUGUUGAAUCACAGACGUUGAUUGACUACUACCAGGAUUCCAUUAGUAAGCUUACUCGACAAAUGCAAAGGAUGAAUGUGAAAAGCGCGGAAGAUAGAAGCUCCACCAUUUCGGAAUAUAAACCAACCUAUUCCAGGUUGGACUUAAUCAAAUACGAGUGUCCAUCAUUAGGUCAUAAAAUUCAACACAUGAUUCAGCAACUACAAUUCAAGCUUCAGGUGGAGAACCAAUAUGCCGAAGCAAACAAGAAGAUCUCCCAUCUCUAUCUUAUGGAUGGAGAUAGGUCUUCCAGUAAUGCGGCUGAGGGGGGCCGUGCCGAGAGUGAUCAAAGAAUACAACUUUUGGAGAGAGCGUUGAAGAAGUAUCAAAACUUUAACAUAAACUCCGAAGAUUUCAACAGGGACUACGAAAUCAUGGAUACUCCGAAACACGCUAGAAAGCCGUUGAGUGGUAAAUUGACAAUAUCCGUCUCGUGCGUUAGAGACGUGGAUCACAUGGCCACGGCUACUUUCAAGAAAAGAGACACGGUUGUGACUGUUAAAAUAGAUGACGUUGAAAGAGCAAGAACAAAGCCGUCAAAGAAUGACAACUGGUCCGAGGAACUUUAUAUUAAUGUCGAGAAGGGGCAUGAAAUUGAAUUGACAGUGAUGGACAAACUGGGAGGCGUUUAUGUUCCCGUUGCUGUGAAUUGGCUUUCUUUAUUUGACGUUGCCGAAGAGAUUCGUAAAAAGAAGGUUGCAAAAGAUCAAGGUGCCAGUGGCUGGUUGCCUGCUAGCAAUUUGCCCCAGACAAAUGGCGGUGAUGGCCAAAACGGGGCUUCGAGUUGGGGUGGUCCUGAUACUUCACUGAAUAUCCCGCAAAAUGACAUUGCGCCGCCAAGAUCACCCAAUAAGCCUGAUAACACUGGAGGAGACUCACCACAAAAAGUGUCUCUAAACACUUGGUUGAGUUUGGAGCCUUGUGGUCAAAUGUUGAUUAAUAUAAACUUUGAGAAGUCUAUAUCUCAAGGUAAGCAAUUUAAAGGGCCCCUUGGAAGGCAUGGAGCUAUUCGUCAAAGGAAAGAGGAAGUGUAUGAACAGCAUGGUCACCAAUUUGUGCAAAAGCAAUUUUACAACAUCAUGUGCUGUGCCCUUUGUGGGGAAUUCUUGCGUUAUACUGGGUUCCAAUGUCAAGACUGUAAAUUCUUGUGCCAUAAAAAGUGUUAUCAAAAAGUUGUUACCAAAUGUAUUUCAAAAUCUGGUUCAGAUCACGAUGCGGCUCAAUUGAAGCAUCGUAUUCCCCACAGAUUCGAGCCAGUUACAAACCAUGGGACCAAAUGGUGUUGCCACUGUGGCUACUUAUUGCCCUGGGGUAAAAAGAGUGCAAGAAAAUGUUCGGAGUGUGGAAUUAUGUGUCAUGCGCAGUGUACUCACUUGGUUCCCGAUUUGUGUGGAAUGUCCUUGCAAAUGGCUAACGAAAUUCUUGCAACGAUCAAAUCCACUAAAGUUUCUCCAAAGAAGCUUAAGCAAAUUCAAGAGAAGGUGACUGUUCUGGAUUUGAAAACGAAACCUAACUAUUUGGAUCAAAGCUAUCAUCAGAUUCCACAAAGUGCGCAACAACAACACGAGGAACUAAAUCAACAGCAGCAGCAGCAGCAGCAGAAACAACAACAACGACGCCAACAGCUUGAGAAGCCCUUGCCACCACCUAGACCAUCUACCCUGGAUAAAUCUUCUGGAGAAUCUGUUGAAACAUUACGCAACUUGACAGAGGACGAGCAAGACGACCAUGAAUUCAACGCGAAACUUCCAACAACAACCCAGAAAUCGUAUCAGACCCCAGUGGAUGGUACGUCUCAUGCACGCGCUGCCAGACGUCGCCCACCAGUUCCUGAGAAGCAAGGAAAAGUUGCGACGAAUGAGCAUCAUUACCGUCAUCCAUAUGGAGAGGAAAUGCGCGGCGCAGACACUCGUUUUGAUGCAGAGCAUGCGCUAAACGAUGCUGGUGAUUAUGUUGUGGUGACAGAAACGUCUUUCAUUGCCAAUGAUGAUAGAACCGCUAGUAUAGAUGAUGAGUUUGUUGACUUUGAUUACAAGAAUCAAUUGACGGAGAAUCAGAUAAUUUCACCAGAAGCUAAAGAUGACGUGAUUGUGAGCCCCUUUUUGGAUCAAAAAGCGCAGCCAUUGUCCAAUGAGGUACAGAGCAAAAUUGAAACAUUGGACCGCCCAUCGAUACCUGUGAAGAGUGACGAAGAGUACAAGGUGAACAAGCCGCAUCAUAAGCAUCAUCAACAUCAUCGUGGACAAUCUUCAGCUACUACGCAUUCAGGUAAAUCUUCGUCUGGAAAACCCAAGCGUCGCAAGAGAAAAGUUGGAUUGGAUGAUUUCCAAUUUCUUGCUGUUUUGGGUAAAGGUAAUUUCGGUAAAGUGAUGUUGGCUGAAUCGAGACAUACGUCUAACUUGUGUGCUAUAAAAGUUCUAAAGAAGGACUUCAUUGUUGAAAACGAUGAGGCUGAAAGUGUAAGAUCUGAGAAGCGGGUGUUUUUAACGGCAAAUAAGGAAAUGCACCCAUUCUUGUUGAAUUUGCAUUGUUGUUUCCAAACGGAAAAUAGGAUAUACUUUGUCAUGGAGUAUAUAUCUGGUGGAGAUUUGAUGUGGCAUAUACAAAAGAAUCGAUUUUCCGCCAAGAGGGCUAAAUUUUAUGCAUGUGAGGUAUUGUUGGGGUUGAAGUAUUUCCAUGAUAAUGGCAUUGUUUAUCGUGAUUUGAAAUUGGACAAUAUCUUGUUGACCACAAAGGGACAUAUCAAGAUUGGUGAUUAUGGGUUGUGUAAGGAAAACAUGUGGCAUGGAAAUACAACGUCCACAUUUUGCGGAACUCCUGAAUUCAUGGCUCCUGAGAUUGUUGCUGGAAAGAAUUAUACGCGAAGUGUGGAUUGGUGGGCAUUUGGGGUGUUGUUGUUUCAAAUGUUGCUUUGUCAAUCUCCAUUCAAAGGUGAUGAUGAAGAUGAUAUUUUCAAUGCCAUUGAACAUGACGAAGUAAAGUACCCCGUCAGUUUGUCGCGUCAGACAGUCCUCGUUUUGCAAGCGUUAUUAACCAAAGAUCCUCAACUGCGUUUGGGAAGCAGUGAACGAGAUGCAGAAGAGAUUAUGGAACAUCCUUAUUUCCAAGAUGUUAACUUUGAUGAUGUUUUGAAUUGUCGUAUCCCACCCCCUUAUAUCCCUGAAGUCAGUUCUGAGCAUGAUUAUUCCAAUUUUGACCAAGAAUUUACCUCGGAAACACCACGGUUGACUCCAGUGGAAACAGUAUUGACAUCGGAGAUGCAAGAACAGUUUAGAGGAUUUUCACACAUCUCUGAAACAGCCGCCGUUUAG